AUGCCUCAUACCCACGGCACCACCACGACUGGCGAACAGAGUGUCGUGACCGAUCUGGAAGUCAUCGACGCCUUCAGCAUGGCAUCUGGGCAUUUUGAUACCUGCUCAGCUGUCCACAUCACGAAUGAUCAGGAAGAAAGCGCCGACAGGUGGAUCGACCAGACCAAGAUCAAAGAUCAGGAUCGAAAUAUCAUCCCAUCCCUAUUCCCUUCGAGGAGGAUAUUACCUCCUUCAAACUCGAUACCGUUCUCAUCCCUAUCGUCUUCAAGUCCGAGACACGGCCGAGCGCACGCACGGUCUUCUCCUCCGACAGCAAAGCAGAAACUGCAAGCCAUCGAAAUCCCGGCCGACGACGCUGCCAGCGGAUGGCACGACGAAUUCACCAAACAUCUACACAUGUCCUCCAUCAAAGGGAAAGAAGAAAGAGACAGUGUUUAUCUGGACAUGCAGGGCGUUGCUGCUGCUGAUGAUGAUGAUGGAAAUACAGCACCGAUGCGGCCACAAUCCGAUUCCGAUCAGAACGAACAACUGUCCGCAUUGCCAGCAUAA